AUGAUUGUCCAUUCCAACCCAGGUCUCCUAUAUGUUAUUCUUGGGGAAAAUCACUUUACUGGAAGUGUUCCAACACACUUAUGCGAGUUGUUUAGUAUAAAAAUACUUGAUUUAUCCCAUAACAACUUCUCUGGAGUUCUUCCCAAGUGCUUAGGGAAUUUGAUUCAAUUACGGGUGAUGGAUCUUACAAAUAACACUAUAACAGGUGAUAUUCCGAAUAUAUUAGGUUCUCUAUCAUAUCUUCAAUCAUUGCACUUGAACAACAACAAAUUUGAGGGCAAUCUUCCGGUCGCUUUACAGAAGUUGACAAGCUUAGUCACCUUUGAUUUAGGGAAAAAUUUGUUGACGGGUAACAUCCCUUCAUGGAUUGGAAAAAAGUUAUCAAAGCUUAAAAUCUUGAAUAUCCAAUCAAAUAACUUCAUGGGUAAGAUUCCACUGGAACUCUGUUACAACAACGCUCUUCAACAUUUAAACUUGGCAAAUAAUAACAUAACCGGAACUAUCCCUCAUUGCUUUUAUAACUUAACUAGUAUGAUCAUGACUAGUGAUAACUUUGUAAACUUUGGCAUUGAUAUGAGCAAAUCUAGUGAUAACAUUCAAUACACUAGCAUUGGAUAUGAAGAAAAUACUGUGACUUACAUAAAGGGCAUUGAAUUGAACUACACGAAGACCGUUAGGUUUCUUAUAUCCUUGGACCUCUCAAGCAACAAAAUUAUCGGUGAAAUUCCUGAUGUUUUGUUUAACCUUGUGUCGUUGAAGAAUUUGAAUCUUUCUAGAAACUUACUAAGCGGGAAGAUUCCAGCAACGAUUGGAAAUCUAAAGCAAAUGGAAUCUUUAGAUUUGUCAGCAAAUAAGCUAUCUGGCCAAAUUCCUCCAAGUUUAGCUAGCUUGAACUUUCUGAGCUAUUUGAACCUAUCCUUCAAUAACUUAAGUGGCCCGGUACCAAUUGGAAAUCACCUUCAAACGUUAGGCAAUCCAUCUACUAUUUAUGAAGGGAACAUCGGGCUUUGUGGGCCAUCACUAUCAAGGAGUUGCAAAGAAAACAAUUAUGCCGACAAAGAUGAAGGUAAAGAUGGGUCACAAGGUUGCUCUUGGUUUUAUGCCAGUAUAGUCUCGGGUUUUGUUACAGGCUUCAUGGGACUUGUUGGUAGCUUGCACUUUGUUACGAUUUGGAGGGUAACUUACUUCGAGAUGAUAGAGAACGUUUACGCUUUUCUAAUGAUUUCAAUUAUACAAACUCUUGCCCAACUAAGAAGGAGGAUUUUCUAAUGAGGACCCGUGAACCAACCCAAAAAUACGUAUGGAAUAACUUAUUUGACCAGCCAAGCGACUCUAAGUACUUAAUGGCGCAACCUCUUUUUUAACUGAAUCUUUAGAGAGCUGCCUGAAUAAAUUGGAUUUGAAACUGUUCUACACCUAAAUGUGUUGGAAAUAACUGAAUUACUGAAGUCGAGGCAGGAACAGGAGUAGGAACAGAAGUAGAAGCAGAAGCCAAAAGAUAGAACGUCUGCUUCUAGUAAUCUAGCUAAACUUAAAGACAUGUAUGGCGACUUGACCACUGACAAGGGUAGUGCAACAGACGGUAGGGCUCCUGCUAUGCUGAAGAGGUCAUUCGGCUAUGUGGUUCUUCUUGGGGGUAAAGGAGAGGUUGGCAUGUACUUCAUCAUUGACUACAACAAUUAAAUAUAUGUUUGCUCUUUUUGAGGUUAAAUUGUUCACUGUGUACUGUAACGUUGAUUAGCUUAUCAAAUUUUUACUUUUGCAUCUUUUUGAGCUUU